AUGGCGGGCGGCGGGGGUGGCGCCACGACGUCGUCGGCGGCGGCAGCGACCGUGUCUGGCGAGAAUAAGACGGCUGCCAAGAAGCAGAGCCAGAGCCUGAUUGCGGCGACGCUGGCCGCCAGUCGCAGCGCCAGUCCGACGACGGCGGCGGCAGCUGGGGGCAGGGCAGCAGCAGCAGCAGCAAGGACAGACGCCAUUCAACCAUCAACACCAGCUUCCUCGUCAGAUGCACAACCUCGUCCCAAGAGCUCGCGGACCACGACGGCACCGCAACCUGCGACACCUCCGCCGCUCAAACCUCUUAUGAGCAGGCAUGUCGCCGAGGUUGUUUCUCCCCAACCGAGGCGGAUUUCGAGAACGCCGCUGAGCCCCGUCACUUCCCCUCACCUUGCGCUGAACCCGGGCAUCAGCGCUGCGCUCGCGCCGCCUUCUCCCGAUCCUCACAAGAAGAGUAGGGACGCUGCUGCGAAGCGACCGCCGACGCCGCCGAAGCCUCGAGGCAGUGGAAACAAAUCACUGGAUCAGGAACAGAGUCAAGAUCAGGACAAGCCUGCGCUUCGAGACCGGUCGUAUAGCAGUCACACAGAUGGGUCGUCAAGAGGCUCAACGAUGAGCGUCCCGUCAACUCCGUCAAGGGAGCUGGUCUCUCACCGACACACAGCCAGCGGUUCGCCAAAUCGAACACAGCUCGACAACCUCACCGAUGCAAUUGUGGCCGGGUCACUGGCGUCCGCCCGAUUGACGCCUCACAAUACGGGGCCUACCUCGCUGGCUCCUCCUCCCUUACCGAAACGACAAAAGUCGCCUCGACUUUUGCACACGCUCCGACAGCCGCACAACGUGCUUGAAGAUGAGGAAGAUCACCACAAAAAGGGGCACAGAGCGCUGCUACGAAAGGGGAAACACGCACACCACGAGGGGUCAAGGAAGAAGUGGCGCGAAGAGAUUCGGCCACGGGAGAGGAAGCGCUAUGAGGCGCUGUGGGCGUCCAACCGCGGUAUCCUGCUUACGGAUACGCGGGUGAUGAGCCCGGCUACGAGCCUGAGCAGCGACCUCGACCGAGACGUCUCGCAGUGCGUGGCCAAUGUCGUGGUGAGAGAAGUGUGGAAACGGUCGAGGCUGCCCGAUGACGAACUGGCCGAGAUUUAUGAUCUGGUGGAUCGAAGCAGGACGGGCAUGUUGAGCAGGGCCGAGUUCGUGGUGGGAACGUGGCUCGUCGACCAGCGGCUCAAGGGGAGAAAGGUGCCGGCCAAGGUGACGGAUAGUGUCUGGGGGAGUGCCAACGGCGUCAGGGUCAAGGGGCCGAAUGGAAAGUAA